CACAUGGAAAAAAGAAAUAUUGAAAACUAAAAUGGGCACUACAUCUUUCCCAUCUUUGGGCUUAUCUGACUGGCUUGUUGGGCAGGUAAAUGCCGUGGGCAUUAAGGAUCCUACUCCUGUACAAGUCAACUGCAUUCCCCCCAUCCUAGAAGGUCGAGACUGUAUUGGGUGCUCUAAGACUGGCAGUGGGAAGACAGCUGCCUUUGCCCUCCCCAUUCUCCACCGACUAUCAGAGGACCCGUAUGGAGUCUUUGCUCUAGUUCUGACUCCGACGAGAGAGUUAGCCUAUCAAAUUGCAGAGCAAUUUAGAGUGUUUGGCAGCCAUAUUGGUCUGAAAGAUGUUGUCGUUGUGGGAGGAAUAGAUAUGAUGAAGCAAGGCUUGUCAUUGGCUAAGAAGCCUCACAUCGUCAUAGCAACUCCUGGUCGGCUAGCAGACCACCUGGCCAAUACUGAUACGGUAUCACUCAAGAGAAUAAAGUUUCUGGUACUAGAUGAAGCAGAUCGUCUGCUGGACCCCAGUUUUGAAGAAGCCCUGGAAGUGAUAUUCGACCACCUGCCCAAGAAGAGACAGACACUUCUCUUCAGUGCCACACUAACUGAUACGAUUGGUCGCUUGAGGGAGGUGGCCACCAACGAACCGUUCUGCUGGGAGGCACCCCGAGAGGAAGCUACAGUGGAGGAGCUAGAUCAAAAAUAUGUUCUUAUGCCCGCUAAGGUAAAAGACUGCUACUUGAUUUACCUCAUGGAGCACUUGCACAAUGAAGAGAAGAAGACACUCAUCUUGUUCACUCCAACGUGCCGAAGCUGUCAGGUGUACUCCAUACUGCUGCGUAACCUUGACUACCCGUGUGUGGCGCUGCACUCCAUCUUAUCACAGAGCCAGCGAUUGGCUUCACUGAACAAGUUCAAGUCAGGUCAUGUGAGGAUCCUCGUUGCUACGGACGUGGCUAGCAGAGGUCUGGACAUUCCUACAGUGGAUGUGGUAGUGAACGUGAACAUACCGGCUAGCUCUAAAGACUACAUCCACCGAGUGGGCAGAACUGCACGAGCCGGCAGAGGUGGACUAGCGCUCUCCCUAGUGACCCAGUACGACAUUGACAGACUGAAAAGCAUCGAGGAAAACAUCAAGACCACUUUGACAGAGUAUGACUCUAAAGAGAGUGAAGUGCUCAAGCUACUAAAUUCUGUCAAUGUUGCCAAGAGAGAAGUGGAAAUUCGUCUUGGAGACACUGAUUUUGGUGAACGUCGCAAGAUCAACAAACGAAAACGGAAACUGCUUGAAGGGUAUGUCAAGGCAAGAAAGACAAAGAAGAAGACAUGAACUAUUAAGACUGUGUGCUACCUUUGUUUGUUUAAUCCUCCCCCUCAAGUUGAGGUCAAAAAAACAUGACAUAAUUAUAUUCAGA